GCCGGGCCGUGUGGGUAGGAGCAGCUAUAUAAGCUGCAGCGGGCGCCGCGGGGCAGACGCGCCGAAGCGGCCAGCGCCUCGGAUCGCAGCGGAGCGGCGCCCCCAGCGCCGUGUCUCCCCGACGGGCCCUCGCCCGCCCUCCCGAGGAGCGCCGACCCGGGCCCGUGAGGGCCGCCACCACCCCACAGCAGAUUUGGAUCCCCCGCCCGGCGAGCCCCAGGCUGCUGCCUCCCGGGGGGCCCCGGCGCAGCGGCCGCUCCCCGACAGCCCCGCCGCCCCGCCGCCGCCCGGCCCCGAGGACGCCGGCAGCGCCAUGGCGGCCGCCAAGCCCAGCGAGCUGAUGGGCAUCUGCUCCAGCUACCAAGCGGUGAUGCCUCACUUCGUGUGCCUGGCCGACGCGUUCCCGCAGCCCGUGCGGCCCGCCAAGCUGACCAAGGGCAAGGGCCGGCUGCGGCGGCCGCGCCAGUCCCGCUUCAAGACGCAGCCGGUGACCUUCGACGAGAUCCAGGAGGUGGAGGAGGAGGGGGUGUCUCCCAUGGAGGAGGAGAAGGCCAAGAAGUCCUUCCUGCAGAGCCUGGAGUGCCUGCGCCGCAGCACGCAGAGCCUGUCGCUGCAGCGGGAGCAGCUCAGCAGCUGCAAACUGAGGAACAGCCUGGACUCCAGCGACUCCGACUCGGCCCUGUGAGGGCGCCGCCGGCCGCGGGGUGCACGCCUCGGGGCCCGCCGGGGACUAGCGUGCGAACCCCGGAAGGGCUCGCGCCCCGGGGACCCCCAGGACCCGGGACGACCGCCCCUCGCGCGCGCUGGGACUCCCGCCAAACAGAACUGGUCGGUGCGCCUUGAGCUGCGCUCAUCCCGGGUCCGAGCGCGCCGGGGGCGCCAGGAAGGGGGCCGCUUCUCUGCCCUUGUACAUGUUUAUUUUUAAACUCUGCCCAGCACGAACUCUGCUGUGAGUGUGUGCGGGGAGCGCGCCCGCGCCGCGUCGCCCGCCGCCAGGGCUCCCCGGAGAGCCGCUCCCCGCCCGUGUCCGAUGGGUUGCAACUCCGAUUUCGCACACCGCUCCACCGCCGUGCCCCCCAGCGCACCCAGUUCACACUCCCGCCAACAUACGCUCGCUGAACACUUUUAUAAUUGUUAGGCGCGGCCGAUGGGACUUGGGGUGCAGCGCAGCCGCUGCUGUGGCCGGAGGAUUGAUAUUUAUUUUUGCAUUGCGAUGGCUGGCGGCGUUUAUUUAACGGUCUUUUUACCUGGAUAUGUCUGUGAGGCUCCCGAACGGAGACUAUAAAUAAAGUCAAUAUAUUUGCACAGUG